UUUCUCUUCGAUUGUGUCAUCUAAAACUCAGACAACACAAAAGAAUAAUAAAACAAUCUCUUCCCAAAAACACCAACAACAAACAAAGUAUAUCAUUAUCACUUGAGGGAAGAGAGGAGAGACCCAUUUCUCAUAAAGUGUAUGUAUGUAUUUUUAUACAUAUACUACUUGUAAAAUAUUUAUCUUUUGUUUGAGAGAACAAAAAAGGGGGUCUUAGGGUUUUUGAUCUUUCUUGAUGAUGGUCAACUGAAAAUUUUGAUCAUUGUAAAUUUGUGAACUUUUUUCUUUCUUGAAAAUUGGUGUAAAAAAUGGAAAUGGUUGAUCAGUCUGAAUCUUCUCCUUUGGUCCCACCUUCUUUGAUCACUGACCCUAGCGAGAUCGAUCUUGAAGCUGGUUCUUCUGAACAAAUUCAGUGUAGAAUUUGCCUUGAAACUGAUGGUAGGGAUUUUAUUGCACCUUGCAAGUGCAAGGGCACAUCAAAGUUUGUCCAUCGAGACUGCCUUGAUCAUUGGCGGGCGGUGAAGGAAGGAUUCGCGUUUUCCCAUUGCACAACUUGCAAAGCUCCCUAUUACUUGAGAGUUCAUGUUCCUGCUGAUAGAAAGUGGCGAACUUUAAAGUUCCGAUUCUUUGUGACCAGAGACAUUUUGUUCAUCUUUCUCGCGGUUCAGCUUGUUAUAGCCUCACUGGGAUAUUUAGUUUACUUGAUUGACACCCACCAUAAGUCUUGGUUGCGUUUGACUUGGGGGUUUGAUAGCGAACUAAGCUUCUACUAUCUAUGCGGGGCACUGUUAUUUUUCGCUCUGCUGGGCCUAUCUGGUUGCUUCAUAACCUGUUAUGAUCGAAGAGUGCGCAAUGAUUUGGCUCAGCCCUGCCGCGAGUUGUGCCUAUGUUGCUGUCAUCCUGGAAUGUGUGCCGACUGUCAUUUGCCUGGAACACUUUGUAUGUGGACUGAUUGCACAACCUGCUUUGAGGGUUGUGCUGGUGCCGCCAGUGAAUGUGGAGGUUGCUUAGGAGGUGCGGGUGAAGCUGGGUUGCCACUGAUAUUUAUAAUGGCUUUAAUUGUGCUAGGACUAUUUACUGUCAUCGGCAUAUUUUACAGUGUUUUGGUUGCUACAAUGGUUGGACAGAGAAUAUGGCAGAGGCACUACCAUAUACUUGCAAAAAGAAUGCUGACGAAGGAAUAUGUUGUGGAGGAUGUCGAUGGUGAGGUAAAUGGAAGCGAUUGGUCUCCGCCACCUCUGCCACCGGAGCAUGUUCAACAGCUGAAGUCACUUGGACUUCUGUAAACUUUGAGGAUUGUGACAUAAAUGAAAAACUUUCCAUAUUAUUGGGGCUCACAUCAUGUGCUUUAGUAUACGCAGUUAGAUCUGCAAAAGAGUCUUCUUCCUGACUGAUAGAAAAUCCGAUUCAACCCGAUAUUGUUCAAUUAUGUUCAUAAUUUGAGACUGAUCACAUGUAAUUGUUGACAAAACGGAUCGUUAACAAUCUAAAUGAAGUAACAGCUGCAAUCUUGGUUUAUAAGUUUUUUUCAAUCA